AGACGCUGCAGACCGCGCCGGAUCAUCGGACGGGGAGCAGCAUCUCCUUCUCCUGCUCAUCUUCCUCCUCUCCUCUUCACAACCGGGGAGCCGGGCACCGACCAGCCGACCCACGGGGCGACGUUCCCGGCGCGGAAACAUGCCCGCAGAGCGGCUCCAGCUGGGCCCGGGGUCGGCUUUUCCACUUCUGGGGGGAUUUACGCGGACGGGCGGACGCAGAGUCCCGGUGGAUCCGCAGCGCAGAGAGCUGUGAGUCGGAGUCCGUGAAACUGGAAAACCUCCUAUCUGGAGCAGGUUUGGGUGUUUUGCUGAACAUGGUGUCGCGGAGGGGAUCACCCCGGGAAUGUGCUGCUGCCGCCGGCCGCCGCUGCGCACCGUGACGCGCCAGGGAGGCUUCACCUGGAGAGUCUCACUCCUGCUUCAAAGACAUCUGCUCCGCCCGUGCAUUUGGCUCGUGUGUUGUUUUUAUACCCGGGAGAUGCCCCCCAUCUGUUCUGGUCCCUGUCUUCACCCGGGUCGGAGCGGGAUGGAUGUGGCGCAGUGAGGACGCACCCGCCUGCGGGUAGUCUCGGACUUUCUGGUUCCCCGUGCGGCUCCCGGCUCUCCCUCAUGCAGCUCCUCCGGCUGGCCUGGGCUGUGACUGCCUCUGCGCUCUGCUUCCUGCUGCUCCUGAUCCUCCACAACCAGGUCCUUAGAGAAGGUCAGCUGGCGGCGGGAACCUGUGAGAUCGUCACUCUGGACCGGGACAGCAGCCAGCCGAGGAGGACCAUCGCCCGGCAGACGGCCCGCUGCGCCUGCAGGAAGGGACGGAUCGCCGGGACGACGCGAGCCAGGCCGGCCUGCGUGGACGGUCGCAUCGUGUGGACCCGUCAGUGGUGCGAGAUGUCUCCGUGUCUGGAGGACGAAGGCUGCGACCUGCUGGUCAACCAGUCGGGCUGGACCUGCACCCAGCCGGGGGGGCGGGUCAAGACCACCACGGUCUCCUGACAGCGGCGGCAAAGACUGACGCUCUCCGGAGGAAGACCGGGUCCCAUCGUCCAUCACCGCAAAGCGCCGACCAACCAAUCACAAGCCCCCCUCAGAGCCUGGGGGCGGGCCCUCGUGCUCGGGCCCACCUGAGGAAACUGGGGCCGGACUUUUGCUGGAAAUAAAAUGUUUAUUUUGCAGGAGAUUCAAAGAAAAAGAAGCAGAUUAUGAGGAGCUGCAGGACGGAUUUAUUGUGAGGCUCAAAACUCUGUUUUCACAGACCAAAGAUGAACAGAGCCGAGAGGUUUUCACCAUGUAAAGAAAUGAACACCUUGUCACAUUAUUCAGUCGUCGUACCUGAGCACAGCCAACAUGUACAUGAGUUCAUGAUGAAACUUUUCUGAGAGCUGUUAAAGUUUCUGUUUGGAAACUCUUCCAUGUGCUGAAGAAGGAGAGAAGGUGAAAAACCUCAUCCGCCAUUCAAGGUUGGAACAUAAAACAUGUUUUAAAGAUUAGAGUCAGUCAAUGGUGGAAUAUAACUAUAAAGUACAUUAACAUAAAUCAAUGGGAAUGUUUUACCAUAAACUCCACUUCAUUUAUUGGACGGCUCCAGCUGAAGAGCUGAGGUUCCAGCCUCAUCGCCUUCCUUCUGAGGAACAUCUUUUUUCCUAAAGGGGUUUACAUCCCUUUGAAGAAGGAGCGUUGAAAGAGUCGCUGUUCAGUCAGCCCGGUUCCCUUGGACCCCUUGGAUUGUAAAAGGGUUCUUGGUCGAUUCCCAAUGAAACUCACAUUGAAACAUAAAAAGGUUCUCAGUACGUUGGGGAGAUUCUUGUUGCGCCAGGUGUAAAAGGCUCUGCAUAGAAAGGUCAGACAUGUCUCUGGACGGAACCAUUACACCAUUUGUAAUACCUCUCAGAUCGUUUUGGGUACAACCCCUUGUGUUGGUUUUUUGGUACAGCCCUCUGAAGGGUUGAAACAAGUCCCAAAAGGGUCCCCGCUCCAACCUUCUCUGAGUUCUGUCGCGGGGUUCUUCCUUGAGGAGAAACCAAAGUUUCCCUCGUGGUUCUAUUUUGCAGCUUUAUUUUGAAGGUCUACGGACGGAUCGUGGGAACGAGCGGCGCCUUGGUUGGUUCUCCACCCGACUACGUCACGCCUCCACUCUGCUUUUACACCCUGCGGUGCCCCGUCGGCUCGGCAGGUUCUGAUGAAGCGAGGCGGUCAUGUUCGUUUCGUGUGGUGGGAGAAGCAUUAAAUGUAUUUUCAAAAGCCUAAAGUUCUAUAUUUAACUAUUAUCUAAGUAGAGACGUUUUAUUUAGCACGCGGCUGCUGUGGUUUCUGAGAUACAGAAACGUUUUUAUCCCACUUUCUGGUCA